AUGUCCCAAUGGUUGCCAGGUCAUUUCCCUCCUUCACAACAACCUUCGUUUCCAAAUUUUCCAGGACCACCAUCGGUUCCUCCAAAUCAAUAUAUACCACCACCAACAUAUCAAAGACCUUCAAUUCCUCCACAAUCACAACCUCCAAUUGAUGAUUUAUCUUUGGCAUUCGAUAAUCUUGCAAUGACUUUAAGAGCCACAGCUGGUCCACAAGAAUUGGAUGAUUUUCAAUUUGAGCGUAGACAAGAAUUUUGGGUUAAAGAUGCACUUUAUCUACAUUUGCUCCCUUUACUAAGAGCUGCAUUCCAUUUCAUGGAAGCAAAUGAAAAACAACAAGAAAAAUUUGCACCUAAGUCAGCUAUUGCAAAUUAA